AGUAGCUGUGAGAGACAUAGAGAUCAAAGCUAAUCACUUGACACAGCAAAGACAGAAGAGCAUUGUCAUUUCUACGGUGGAGACACAAUGAGGACUCUCAGCUGCACUUUGGGGCUUCUGCUGCUACUCACUGUUUACUGCUGGACUGCCACAUCUAAUCCAGUGUCUGGAACAGCACCUGCACAGUGCUGCUUCAGUUUCUUUAUGGGACGAAAGCCAGCAUGGCAGAUCGUCUCUGUCGUCAAGACUCACAGCAAAUGUCAUGACAAGGGAUUUAUCGUCACUGAUGCCAACGGGAGAGACAUCUGCGUGGGCCCGAAUCUUCCAUGGGUACUGAGGGCUUUCGAACAACAGCAAGUCAACAGCAAGCGCUAAUUGUCAUCCUCAGUGCUAAUAAUCAAACAUCUGCAGCUAUCCAACCUCCAGCCAUGAUAAAGCUCUGCCUAUCUACUUAAUGACGUCUUUUCAUAUUAUGAAAACCUCUUUGCACUGUGUAUUUUUGUGCAGCUAUUAACCAGAGUUAACCAUUUUACUCUGCUUGACUCUUCAUCAUUAAAUUUUCAUCUUACAAAAUG